UUUGACAGCACGCGCAUGAUUUGUUGACAAACAAUACAGCUUCGCCCUCGAAGAAAAAUCGAAACCAACAGCACACGAUCAAAAAUGAAUCGUGGAAAAAUUACGUUCGGCAAAAUAAAUCUUAAAUCGUCUGCGCCAACAUCGAGCACAAAUGAUAGCGCGGAGAUUCCCUCAACAUCUACAGAAGCGACCGUGUCCGGGUUUGGUUCGUUCGGGCGCAAGGACAACGCCCAAGAUGAAGCCGUGGAGCGCAUCUCGGCCGAGCUGGACAACAGCAAGCUGCAGGAAGUGAUGGGCAUAUCCGGCUUCGGUCGCAAGCAGGCCAAACAGUUCGACAUCAACGAAAUGAUACAGAAAGCGAAACAGAACGCACCGAAAGCGGCAGUAGAUGAAAAAGCCAUCAUAGAUCCGGAUGAUGAAAGAAAAGGCAAGGACGAUGACGAUGAUGAUGAGGAAGAGGAAGAGGACGAAAUGAUUGGUCCAGUACCAACAGCUGCUGGUGGAGGAGCUACCGACAGUCGACGUAAAAAAGCCCAUAAAGAGGAAGACGAUUCCGACGACGAUGAUGAUGAUGAUGAUGAGGAAGACGAUGAGUUUGAUGAGGACGCACCGAUAAACAAGCUGCCCCACUCGCACGAGGUAGAGAUGCGGCACGGCAGCAAGGCGGUCAUCGCCCUUGCCAGCGACCCAUCCGGCGUCCGUCUGGCUUCCGGUUCGAUGGACUACAAUCUCAACUUUUGGGACUUUUCCGGCAUGGAUAAGUCGAUGAAAAGCUUCCGUUCGAUGCAGCCGUGCGAGAACCACCCGAUCCGCAAUCUGUCCUACUCCUUCUCGGGCGAUAUGAUGCUGGUCGUGUCGGGCAGCUCGCAAGCGAAGGUGCUCGACCGGGACGGGUUCGAGAAGAUGGAGUGCGUUAAGGGCGACCAGUACAUUGCGGACAUGUCGAAGACGAAGGGUCACAUUGCCGGGCUGACCAGCGGCUGCUGGAGUCCGGUGCGGCGGGAGGAGUUCCUCACGAGCGGCAUGGACUCGACGCUCCGCACGUGGGUGUUUGCCAAGACGAAGGAGCAGCGUGCGGUCAUUAAAACGCGUGCCCAGGGCGGGCUGAAAACGAUCCCCACCAGCUGUGCGUACAAUCGCGAUGGCACACUGAUCGCGGCCGGGUGUAGCGACGGUUCGCUGCAAACCUGGGACACGCGCAAAAUGUUCGUGCACACGACGCACUGCAUCCGGGGCGCGCACGCCAAGGGAGCGGACAUCUCGUCCGUACUGUUUUCCUACUCCGGCUUCCAGCUCGCUUCCCGCUCGAUGGACGAAACGCUGAAGCUGUGGGAUAUGCGUGCGUUCAAGAAGCCGCUGCACGUGUUCGGCGGGUUGUUCAGCCGGUACGAUACGACCGACUGCUGCUACAGCCCGGACGAUACGAUGAUCCUGACCGGAGAGUCGCUGCCGAAGGGUACGCAGCAGGCCAACCUGUACGUGUACGAUACGAAAACGUUCGGGCUGGUGACGAAGCUGCCGAUUACCGAUUCGCACGUGAUCCGCACGCUGUGGCAUCCGAAGCUGAACCAGAUCUUUGUCGGCUGCGGCAAUGGCAUCAUACGGGGGCUGUACGACGAGAAGCGCAGCAUGCGCGGUGCCAAGCUGUGCGUGGUGCGCACGCACCGCAGGAAGAAGGAGUCGGAAAUUCAGGGCACGACACAGAUCAUUACCCCGCACGCGCUGCCCAUGUUCCGGCAGGAGAAGACGCGCUCGGUGCGCAAGAAGCUGGAGAAGGACCGGCUCGAUCCGGUCAAGUCGAAGCGGCCCGAUCUGCCCAUCACCAGCGGGCAGGGUGGGCGUGUGGCCAGCUCCGGCGGCACGCUGUCGUCGUACGUCAUCCGCAACCUGGGGCUGAGCAAGCGGGUGGAGGAUGAUCAGGAUCCGCGCGAAGCGAUCCUGAAGUACGCAAAAGAGGCGGCCGAAAACCCGUACUGGAUUGCGCCCGCGUACGCCAAAACGCAACCGAAACCGAUCUUCAACAGCGAAGAUGAACCCGACGCAAAAAAGACGAAAACGGAGUAGAGAUUUACCGCUAAAUACAUACAUUCUGACAUACAUUAA